GAAACAUCGAAACGCGCUGCGUCAAUUUUAAAACGAGUACGAGAGCUAGAAAACGCUCACUCGCGGCUACAACCCGAACCUCUAUCUAUAUACCUUACACUUGCCCUGGACUCAAUAUUUUUUAGUGGCGUUUUUGUGCUGAUUUAAAAAUUAAGUAAUGCUUCAUUAAUUUUAAUUUAUUUUCAAGUUAAAUAUUGCUGCAAUAAUGAAUGAGGAAUUUAUCGGGAAUGUGUAUGCGGGACAAAAAGUUCUGGAUAUUGAGUUUGAAAAUGUUUGGUUAACUGUGAAAGAUGGAAAAGGUUACAAGAAGAUUAUCAAAGGAGUUACAGGAAAAUUCAAAUCUGGAGAACUAACAGCGAUUAUGGGUCCUUCGGGAGCUGGAAAAACGUCACUAUUAAAUAUUUUGACUGGAUAUCAGAAAUCGGGUGUAGAAGGUGUAAUCAAAUGCAAAAACGGCAAGAAAACAAAAACAGGAGCUAGUCAAUACAAAAAGGACUCUUGCUACAUAUUACAAGACGAUCAGCUAUUGCUCUAUUUUUCCGUUUACGAAAUCAUGUUUUCCACUACGCAACUGAAAAUUGACGGAAUGUCUAGAGAAAAAAUGGAUUGUUUGAUAGAUGAUAUUUUGAGCACACUGGGCCUGUCCAAACUGAAAAAUACUCUUUGUGGAAGUUUAUCUGGAGGACAAAAAAAACGUCUUUCCAUAGCCUUGGAAAUGAUUGACGAUCCACAGAUUCUGUUUUUGGACGAACCCACAACUGGCUUAGACAGUAGUUCAUCCAAUCAAUGCAUUCAAAUGCUGAAAUCCUUAGCCCAACGAGGUCGUACGAUUAUUUGCACGAUCCAUCAGCCCAGUGCGUCCCUGUACGAGACUUUCAGUCAAGUUUACGUUAUGGCCAAAGGAAAAUGCGUUUACAUGGGCGUACCGCAAAAUACCGUACCUUAUCUUGCUGCUCAGGGAUUUGUGUGUCCGAAAUAUCAUAAUCCGGCGGAUUUUUUACUAGAAGUUACCAAUGACGAAUACGGAGAUUGUGUGGAUCGAUUAGCAAUAGCUGCCAAAGAAACGGAUUGGACCAACAGUAUUACUACCAAAAAUGAUGGUCAAUAUAAAGACAAAAAACUGGAAAUUACCAGAGCCAACAGCUACUGUCCAGAAAAUAGAAAGAGCCGCAAAACACCCUCAGAAUGGAAAAGAUUUCGAAUUUUAUUUAAAAAACAAAUAGUUUACCACUAUAGAGACUGGACGGUGGCAAAAUUAAAAAUCAUAAUUCACUUUCUGGUGGGCCUAUUUUUGGGUAUUACUUUCCAAAAGUCCGGCUACGACGCUUCCAAAACCAUCCAGAACGUGUCGUUUUUUAUCAUAAGUAUCGUUUAUAUUAGUUAUACAGCCCUAAUGCCUGCAGCUUUAAGAUUUCCCCAGGAAAUGCGAAUAAUUAAAAAAGAACAUUUUAAUCGAUGGUACAAACUGGGCACGUUUUAUGCAGCGUUUCUGGCUGCCGACAUGCCGAUGCAGGUUCUAUUCACAAUGUCGUACACUGUCGGCUCUUAUGUGAUCAGCUCGCAACCAAUGGAAGCCAGUAGAUUUUUCAUGGUACUGCUGGUACUAAGUUUAGUGGGCCUUGUCGCAGCCGGUAUAGGCAUUAUGUAUGGGGCUUUGGUAAAUCCUGUGAAUGGUACAUUUUUGGGAGCAAUAACAACAGUAAUCCAACUGAGCGUGGCCGGUUUCCUUUGUUUCUUCCCUCACAUGAACGGCGUGCUCUAUUUUGUCUCCAAUUUCUCCUACAUGGCCUUCUCCUUAGAGGGACUGCUACAAGCCGUGUACGGCUUCAACAGGGAGAGUUUAAUUUGUCCAGAGGAAGAGGAUUUUUGCUUGUACACGAACCCGAAAGCACUACUUGCUGAAAUCGGAAUGAAUCAGGCGUCUUAUUGGGUCGAUGUAGGAUGGGUCGUGGUCAAUUUAAUUGUGUUUAGGGCUUUGGCUUUUUGUAGUUUGAAGUUUAAAAUUGGAAGUCUAUGAUUUCUGGAAAUAUUUUAAUUUGAUUUAAAUUCAAUAAUUAUCCUGUCAAUGUCUUAUGUUUCCACUGAAAAUCAACCUGAGAAUGGUGAACUGACUAAGUUAAGUUGAUCAAAAGCUGAUAAAAAUGGAACUGUCCUAUGCAUUCAAUAAUACUUUUUCCUGGAACUUUGAGCAUUCUAUAGCAAAUAGUUAAUUUUUAUUAUAUACUUAGUCCAUUUCAUUGUCGAUAUUAGUGUUAGAUUUUUGUGUAUGGGUAUAAUAUGUUAGGUAGAUACUGUGGUGUAUGAAACAAUUUCUUGCCUUUUUUAGUAAUAAGUAUUAAUGAAACUCUUUGAAUAGGUUCUAUUUUAAGAUGACAAAUACAUAUUUUUUUAGUUUUAUUUUUUUUUUGUUCAAUUCAAUCUUAAAUUGCAAUGGUAUCCCUACUUUCAUCUUUAAAAUCAUCAUUUUAAAGGAUUAUGGAAAAUGGGUCAAUUAUAAAGAAGCAUUUUUCUUCAUCGAGUCUUGUGACUUGCAUGAAAAGUUUAAGGGGAAUAAACUCUGUAGCUGAA